ACUUCGCAAUGACAGCUACGAAACAUCAUUGUGUAGAAAAAAAGGAAAAGAACAAGAAAAGUAUAUUUAUCAUAUAUUUUCGGGUGAAAAUCUUUCCUGCUCCCAAAAUCGCCAUCAAUUUCUCCGUGCAGGGUCGGGAUUGUGCUUGCGAAACUGCGCCCCGUAAGCCUCAGAUGCGGAGUGCCGUGGUGCAGUGAAUGCAGUGAGGAGCGCCGCUGGUUUCGUGCCUUUUUCCUCCUCGAACGGGAACGGGGUUGUUCGCUUCGGGUGCUUUGUUUACCCGCCCGUCUUCCGACGAGCUCCUCGACUUUGGCCGUUGGUGCCGCCGGGACCAGCAACCCGGACGGAAAGUAAAUGCUACCGACGGGUACGCAUCCGGCCACCGCACCGUCCGACGGCAGAGCUAGCGAGGUCGGAACGAACGGUAGCACCACCGCCACCAUGUCCGGCAGUUCGAUCGACAACCGCAUCACGAUGAUGGAACAGAUGAUCCAGAAUCCCCGUUCCACGCCUUCCCUGUCCCUGCCGAUCUCGACGCAGCCGCCAGCGAAUCGCUUCAAUCGCACCGGAAGCGGUGGCAUGGGUGGACCCAACCGACCGUCGUUGGGAUUGAAUCUGCCCAUUGUCUCCGGGACGCGGCGGAGUGAAUCGGAACUCAAGUUCCAGAAGAUCGUAGACAAGAGCGGGCUGCUGAAGAUUAACGACAAGAUCUACCGUACGCAGCUCAGCGACCUGGAGGAUUUGGGCGAACUUGGGAACGGAACCAGCGGGCAUGUCGUGAAGAUGCGACACAAUCCGAGUGGAGCCAUCAUUGCUGUAAAGCAAAUGAGACGCACCGGAAACGACGAAGAAAACAAACGAAUCAUAAUGGAUCUGGACGUGGUGCUGAAGUCGGAAAACUGCAAGUACAUCGUCAAGUGUCUCGGUUGCUUCAUCACCGAUGCGGACGUGUGGAUCUGCAUGGAGCUGAUGACGACGUGCUUCGACAAACUGCAGAAAAAGUCCAAAAAACCGGUACCGGAGGAAAUCCUCGGCAAGGUAACGGUGGCAACGGUGCGCGCGCUGGCCUACCUCAAGGACAACCACCGGGUCAUCCACCGGGACGUGAAGCCCUCGAACAUCCUGAUCGACGACCGGGGCAACAUAAAGCUGUGCGAUUUCGGCAUCAGCGGCCGACUGGUGGACUCGAAUGCCCGUACCCGUUCGGCCGGGUGUGCUGCAUACAUGGCGCCGGAACGAAUCGAUCCAGCAAAAACGGUGUACGACAUCCGGGCCGACGUGUGGUCGCUCGGCAUCACGCUGGUCGAGCUGGCUACGGGCGUCUUUCCCUAUCGUGGCUGUGUGACCGACUUCGAGGUGCUGACGCAGGUGCUCACCUCUAACCCGCCCCGGCUGCCCGAGGAUCAGAACUUUAGUCCGGAGUUUCGCGACUUUGUGCAGCUGUGCCUGCAGAAGGACUAUCAGGCACGGCCCAAGUAUCCGGACCUGCUGCGGCACGCGUUCCUGCAGCGGGCCGAGCACGACACCACGAUCAACGUGGGCGAAUGGUUCCGCAAUGUGGCGGUUAACUGCGGCAUUCAGCUGACCAGCACGCCGCCACCACCGACCGCCGGAUCGUCCGCUUCCGUCAGCUCACCCCCAACCUGGACCGCGUCGUCGGAACAAACCAGAAUACCGACCCCGCUCGGAAGCUUGACGGAAGCAGUCCAGGCGCAGUCGAACCAGCAAAAGCAAACCAUCGCCAUCGCCGCCUCGUCAAUUCCGAUCAAGUCAACCGCGACCAUCCUAUCCCCCCACAUUGCCAACGAAGCACCUAGCAACCUGAGCGACCUGCAGCAGCGGUCGCAGCACGAGCUCAACCAGCAACAGCAGCUGCUCCAGAGCAAACUUAGCAACAUUAGCCUAGCGUCCUCGUCGUCCUCCACCUCGGCAGCAGCAGCAGCAGCAGCGGCGGCGGCAGGAUCCACACCGGUGCCAGCAUCCUCCUACACGCCUACCUCGUCUUCCUCCGCGGCGGGGGCGGGUGCGUUCGAUACACGCCGCUCGCCCUCCCCGCAGGCCUACUAUCUAGCGAAAAUGCAGCCAAAAAGUGCCAUUACUAGCACCAGCGUACCCAUCGCGUCGGGCGGUGGGCCGGCCUUCGAACGCAACGGUUCGCUCGAACCGGCCCGAAAGUACAAACACUCGCCGUUCCUAUCGCGCCGCACCGCCUCCGAGUAUGGGAACGGCAGCCCGAAGAAGGAAUCGACGCUGAGCAGUUUGGGGCAGAGCAUCUUCAAAAACCUGACCACAUCACCGUUCGCUCAGCGGAAAUCGCUUCCGCCCGGCGAGUCGAAGCUUGUCUAUCCGCCCCCGGUUUCCCCCUCGCCGAUGCCCGUAGCGUCCGCGACGAUCUAUGCGAAUGGUGGCGGCGGUGGAGGCGCUGGUGCCGGUUGCAUGGGCAGCAAUCCUUCCUCCCCGCUGCUGCUGCUCCGGAAGGCACACCACGACGGUUCGGAUACGGAAACGCAGUAUAAACAUCUGCACGGCAACACUAGUCCAAUCGUUCUUCAGCGAUUCUACCACCAACAGAAUCAACUGAAAGAGCAACAAAGAGAGGCGCUGCAGCAGCAUCAUCACCACCAGCAGCAUCAACAGCAGCAGCAGCAGCAGCAGCAUCAACAGCAACAGCAGCAAGUGAUUUACGGGUACUCCUCACCAUCGCCGAUACCCUCGGCAAGCGAAGCGUCACCCCGGCCAACCCGCUACAGUCCGCUACCCUCCCAUCGGACCGUACAUCAUGGGGUGCAUCCGGUGCAGAGCAACACCGGCGGCACCACCACCCUUCACCAAAGCGCCAUCCCGCUCUACAAACAUCACGAACCGGCGGCUCCGCUAGCACCAUCGCAACCUUCCGGGAUUCCGGUGUACCAGCAGCAAACCACCGCCAGCCCCAAGCACAAAUCCUCCUCCUUCUUUAACACGUUCAGCCGUGGCAUGAAGAGCGGUGGUCGGGGCGAUAAGGUGAUCGAUCGGGGUGGCACCGCCGCACCACCGACCAUGAUGAGUGGUGCUGCCGAUCGGUCGCUGUAUGCCGGCACUACCGCCACCAACACCACUCACCAAACAGCACUGUACCAUCAUCAGCAGGGGCAGCCUAAUACGUCGUCAAUGCUGCAUCGGCACGGUGCGCUCGGUGGAAUUAGCAACGGAGGAGGAGGAGUGGGAGCAGGGCUUGCAAUGCCGGAAGGCAGCAAAGAAGAUGCAGGCUGGUUCAAUUCCUUUGCAGAUAUCAAGCGAAAGUUUGCCUCAUUCGUGAAGCUAAACCUCAGCAACAAUGUUACAGGAGCGAGCGGGACGGGCACGACCACCACCGGCGACAGGUUAACCUUGAAGGAGAAACAUCUACAGCAGCAACAGCUGCUGCAGCAGCAGCAACAGUUUCUAUUGCAACAACAGCAGCAGCAGCAGCAUUAUGCGCCGUCGAACCCUUUCGAUGGUAUGCCAGCGGGUGGGAUGGGUGGGAUGUACGGUGCGGGACCGUACCCUACUGGCGGGUCGUCCGCAACGUCGAUAGUACAACCUCCUUCCGCCAUACCGCAGCUGGCACAUGUGCUCAACAGUCCGGCGACUGAUCGGCGCCACCGCAGCCCAGAUCCACCGCCCAGGUUAAAUCGUGGCCAAUCGCCACUGCUACUUCAGCGUAAACUGGAACAGCUCGGUCACACCGGCUCACCGUUGAUGAAUAGAAGGCCAUUCAACUCUACCUCCCCGUCACCUCCCCUGCCGCCGCGGCGUGCGUCGGAAAGUGCACCCGGUUCGCCGCAACACUUGCGCGCCCGCAUCAACUACACCCCGGAACCGCACCGGCGUCCCUAUCACACGACGAUCGAGCAAUGAGUGGGACUGCAAAUCCUGGCCAUGUGAUCGAUGUACACCUUUCUGGAGUAGUGGGACAGGCUGGAGGUGUGCUGGAGGUGUAAAAACCCCCCAUCCCCCGCUCGUUGCCGUUAAACGACGAAUCCGUUGAUGGUGCUGCUUUAUUCGGACGAGCGGAAGUUUGGCUGCUAAGGCUCCCCCCUCCGCCCUCCAGGCUGCUGCCAUUAUGCUGCUUUUCAAAGGUAAAAAGGGCAAACAGAAGGAGAAGAACUGCCAUUUAAAAGAAAAACGGCUCUCUGUCUCCCGUUUAUACUACACACCCAUGCUAAGAAACAAUUGUACCAAAACGCGCUCUAGUUAAGUAGUAAGGCGAAGGAUGCUCACAUACAAACAAACAAUUACGCUGCCUCUCAGGUAUAUAGGGUGGAAAAGCAAAUUUGUGCGAAAAAAAAACAAACACACACAUACACACGAAAUGUCGAAAAUCGAAUAGAGAGAACAGAAGCGGAAGAAGAAACAACACGAAAGACAACAGCAUGAAAACAAAGCAAAAAACGAACAAACAACUCGAACGAACCCAACCACUUCGCCACGUGGGAGAGAAUGAAGCUGACGAAGGUGGGGUUGGGAGGUGUAAACAGUUCGCCAAAAAAAAAAAAACGAAGCCACCACAGCGCCCAUUCACCCCAUUCGUAGUAGCAAAAACAAAGCAACCGUAGCUAGAACACGCGAACUUUUUGGUGGCGCAAAACCCGCUUUGCGCUAUUACGCUUGCAAAAGCGCCACAGCUGACAGGUGGCGAUCGCGCACCGUCACAAUGCAUGCGCUGUGUUUGUAGUUUAUAUAGGAUAAAAAAAGCGAAUUCCAAUUUUUAUCGUAUUGGAACGAAGUGAGAACAAUUAUUAUCGCUUUCCUUGCGGCCGAUCGCCCAUCGCCCCAUUACCAUCACCCAUUAGUACCUGCGCGCGCGUGUAAUUACGCUUGAGCCCGGUGUGGUUAUUGUGAUGUUUAAAGUUUGCCACCCAAUAAUGGUGUAUCGUUCAGCUUCGAGCUUUCGAGAUUUUACCAACGAGACCUUUUUCGAGAUGGUCUGCUUUUUUUUUUAAACAUUUACCUUCCUUUGCGCGCGUGAGGAUUGUGGCAAGGGAAUUCUACUCCCUUUGCCUUCCCCUCUUGCUAGCUGUGUGUUUCCUUACUUUUUGCUCGUUUGCUUGUUGCGGUUCGCUUUUGCAGUGUUUCCAAAUUCUAUCAUUACCUCACUACAAAUCGUAUGAUAAUCAAAAAAAAAAAAAACAAACAAAAAAUCGCAAUCCAGCUCUAAAACAAAUGAAACUGUAGUCAAUAGCUAUAUUUAUGCAAUUGUGCGCUCUUGGGUCCGAAGUGUCCUUCAUCAUCAUCACGUCGCUUGUACACAAUUACACAGAAACACACGCACACACACACGCGGCUAUGUUACAAUUGUGCAAUUAAAGCCUCCCCGGGGUGGUGUAAAAUUUGUAAGAAAAUGUAGCAGAAAAAUAGCACUAGCUUGUAUAUCGCAGCCCAACCAACACACCCGGCCAACACAGCGAAUCGGUUCUCGUCCACACAUGCCACGCUUUUUUGGCUGUGAUGCUCGUCCUCCUCCUACUAGGAUUGAUGAGCGAUUCUGUUGUAGUAGCGGUUGCUAAGGUUUCCUCCGUUCGCACAGGCUUUGUGCUGUCUGGCUGCUGCCCGCCAAGACACUAGCGAGCGAAAUCGGUAAAGACAACGUGCCAGCGCCUUUCCUGGCCUGCUGUGUGUUACCUUCAUAUGGUGCUUUUUUUGUUUUGUUUUAAUGGGAAUGGAGAGAUGUUCCCUUCUGCUGUUCGUUUGUCAAUAAUGAAUGGAUAAUGGGGGGAGCAAAACCUAAAAACAAAAACACACACACACACAUAUAUAACACACAUAUAACAUUUUGUACAAUAGUACCAUAUUGCUUUGCUUUCUCACCUUGCAUACAAAUUACUUACUCACCCACUAUACCUUUUUCCUAUACUUCUGUAAAACUGCUACAACAAACAUACAUAGAGCAAGAGAAUAAGGGGGACAAACCCCCCCCCCCCCCCCCCCCCC